GAAAGUGAAUAAAAGAAAAAAGAAAACUUCAAUAAGGGAAAGAAGAGCAGAACAGUGAGAAUAGGGAACGGUGGAUGGCUGUUCUUCGGGAAUAGCAAGGCCGGCGACGAGUACUGACUGAAAAAAAAGAAAAAAAGAAAAAAAAAAGCCAUAAUUACGAGAAACCCAUCAUCUAAAAAUUUCAACUUUUGAAUUUUUUUUUUUUUUCAGUAAAUUAACUCCAAUCCCGUCAAUCAUUCACCAGUUUCAAAGGCAUAUUCUUCAUCAAUUUCAACAUUUUUUCCUAUGUAUAUAUAUGUAUACAAGCAGCUAUAAAGCCCAGCAAUUUAUAGAUCCUUUCUGCAGAGUUUCUCUUCUCUUUUUCUGACAAUGCAUACGAAAAGGGACAGCAAAAUUUCCCAUAGAAAAAAGCAUAAACCAAAAUUGAAGUCUCAUAUAAAGACAACUGGUUCAAGCUUUUCAAAGAGGAAAGAUAAUGAAUCUUUGAACAAGCGGACUAGGAAUGGUCCAACAAAUAGAAAAUUGAUUGGUAGAAAAAUUCUCCAUAAAUCACCUGAUACAGAGUCUUCCAAGAAACUCUCUUCAUUGAGGCUUCAGAGUGAGAAACUUGCCCAUGGUAGCUGUGAAGGGAACGGGGAAACUGCUGAUGGGGACAUUGAAAUUAAAAAAUUGAGGAGGCGAAGGAAGAGGAAAAGACGAAAGCUUAAUGUGGAGCUCGAUGAAGCUUCUCGUUUGCAGAGGAGAACAAGGUAUCUUUUGAUCAAAAUGAAGCAGGAACAGAGCCUUAUUGAUGCUUAUUCUGGUGAAGGCUGGAAAGGCCAGAGUCGAGAAAAGAUCAAGCCAGAAAAGGAGCUUCAAAGAGCCAAUAAGCAGAUUUUAAAGUGUAAGCUUGGUAUUCGGGAUGUAAUUCGGCAGCUGGAUUUGCUUAGUUCAGUAGGAAGCAUUGAAGAUUCUGUUAUUGCUCCCGAUGGGUCUGUAUACCAUGAACAUAUAUUUUGUGCAAAGUGCAAGCUGCGUGAUGCUUUCCCUGAUAAUGAUAUUAUACUUUGUGAUGGUACAUGCAAUUCUGCUUUCCACCAAAAAUGUCUGGAUCCUCCAUUGGAUACUGAAAAUAUUCCUCCGGGAGAUCAAGGCUGGUUUUGCAGAUUUUGUGAUUGUAAAAUGGAAAUGCUUGAAGCAGUCAAUGCUCAUCUUGGCACCCACUUUUCCAUGAAUAGUAAUUGGCAGGAUGUUUUCAAGGAAGAAGCUGCUUUUCCUGAUGGUGCAAAUUCACUAUUAAAUCCAGACGAAGAAUGGCCUUCAGAUGAUUCUGAAGAUGAUGAUUAUAAUCCAGACAGAAGAGAAAACAGCUGCAGCAUCAGUGGAGCAGCCACUGGCGAUGACGUGUCAGAUGAUGAAUUAUCAUCAAAUAGCAGUGCUGCAUCUGGCGAAUCUACUGAUGCAGAAAUUAUUUGCAGCCGCAGGCAACGAAGAGAUGUAGAUUACAAGAAGUUAUAUGAUGAAAUGUUUGGAAAGGAGGCACUUCCAUAUGAGCAAAUUAGUGAAGAUGAAGACUGGGGUCCUGCUAAAAAAAGGCGAAGAGAAAAGGAGUCUGAUGCAGCUAGUACCCUUAUGACUCUUUAUGAAAGUGACAAAAAAUGUUCAGAUGUUGACGUUGGAGAAGUGGAAAGGAAACUUCCUCAAGAAACACGUAUUAGGAGAUCAUUUUUCAGAAUUCCUCACAAUGCAGUAGAGAGGCUUCGUGAAGUGUUUGCUGAAAAUGAACUUCCUUCUAGAGCUGUGAAGGAAAAUCUUUCAAAAGAGUUAGGCCUUGACCCUGAGAAGGUUAGCAAAUGGUUCAAGAAUGCGCGUUAUUUAGCAUUGAAAACCAGAAAGUCACUGCAGGCUGAGAGACAGAAACUUCACUCUUUUACUUCUGGAAACUCCAAGGAUUCAGGAUGUGAAAAUUUUAAUAAAGAUUCUGCUGAUCUUGUGGCAUCAGAAGAUACCUCAACAGAAACUGUGAUUCAUAACCCCAAGGAUGUGAAGGUGUCUUGUCAGAGAAAGCAUCGAAGGACAUUAAGUAGCCCUGUAAAGAAAAGGCAACCGAAGGAAUCUUCGGUUAGGUUACCAGCAAAUAACAGCAAGGAGACUUUGGAAUUUAGUGAUGAUGUGAGCUUGAAGAAGCUUCUAAAAGCACGGACUAAAGAGAAGAAGAAAGUAAAUUUCAUUACGGUAGGCGAAUGCCGAGCUGCAGAAGAGGAGAUGGAGAGACUCUGCAAAAUUAAAGAUAGACUAGAAAAUUUGAAGCAAAAAUUGCUAGAAUUUAAAAAUGACAAAGCUAAGAAUUCAGUGAAACCAUCUUUGAAUGGGAGGUCUGUGAUUUAUGUUCCUGUAGCAGAACUAAGGGAAAAAGCUUGAUCUUGUGCAAGUUGCAAGUUUCUCUUUCCCUUUACUUUUUGGCCUCAUGUAAAGAAUAUUUUUAUGUUACAAAAGGUUAUAUCAUAAAUCAAUGUAUUUGUGUUUCUCUCUUC